AGAGGAAAGGGGGCCGGAAAUGUUUUAGAACUCAGCCCAACUGAACCCUACGCACUUCCAACAUCCUUCUGCUUUGCCAAAUUCCACGUCGCUCAAUGAGCUCUUGCCGUUAACCAUCCACACCCAUUUUCCCAACCCCCGCCGGACUGACUGCUCCGCCUCCGACUGUCUCCACAGCUCUUCACGUUUUGGCCCCGCCCCCACGCCGCUCUAACUCGCCGAGCACGUGACAGCGCGGAGAGGCCUAUCAGCGCCUUUUGCUACUUUAUGAACUGACUGGGAAGGCUGGUGCGGAUGGCUGUGAAUCAACUGCCUUGGCAGAGAAGGAGACAGAAAGGAAUUGAGCAGAAACAGAUCCUUCUUGAGGUCUGAAACCUGAGGCCCAAAAGCCGGUGAGGAGGGGAGAUGACUUUCCCAAGCUAACCAGCUUUACCUAUUACUGAGGAAGGAGGGCAAGGGAAAUCCUGGACUGUGGCAGGUACAAAUCCUGGCAAAGGGGAUUCAACUGUAGGAUCAGGACAGCAAUUUUAAAUGGCCCAAGUAGGGAAGGAAAACCUGCAAGAAGUCUUGUCCCUUCCAGGGAUUUCUGCAGAACCGGGACAGAAGAAGAGCACUUUGCUUGCUGCAUGUCCCUUGAGCAGCAGCAAGAUCCCGGUGCUGUCCAAAAGAGUCCCACCAGAGGUGAAGCAGUCUCAGCAGCAGCAACAGGAUCGGCUUCAAUGGGCAUGUCCAUCCAAUGUGAGGAGCACAGGGAUCAAGACUCACAAAAUGCUUCACACUGGUUUAGUACCUGGUGCGGCUGUCUUGGAACCUGCACCUGGGUUAUUGCCCAAGAGCCUUUCCAGAGAACCUCUUGGGGAGAUGCAGCUGAGCACCUCUGGUCAAAGGAAUGAAGGUGGUGUGCCUAAUGGCAAAGUUUUUUUUCUUGUAGAAGCGAACACAGUUGAGUUUGUGCCAGAUGUGGCAGCUCUUGCCAGCAUAAUGUCCAACACAGGGCUGACUAAGCACAUGGUGAGUGCAAGCCACAAGCCCAGCUUGGCCCGGCGAAUCCCUUUGAGAGGGAAUAGAGAAUGCUCAGCCAGUAUUGGGGCUGGCCGGGGCUGCUUAUACACAGGAACUUCCACAGUGAAUCUUGUUCGCAUGUCCCACAUCUCUAAAUCAACUUCAAAAGAUACGAAUCAGCCGUGGACCUGCAGCCUGGCUUUGAACACUCGGCAGUGUAAGACUUUGUCAACUACACUGGAGAACCUUGGGGCAAGGGUGGAGGUGGCAAAGCCAACCCAACCCAUGGAGAAGCUGGGAGUGGGCAAGUGCAAAGAUUCCACAGCCAGGCUCAAGGCAAAAUCUCCGAGCUUCAUUGCUGAAGCUGGUGAUACAACUCAAAGCAACUCAGCUGGGAGGAAGAACACCACAGGGACGCCAUGGAAAGAUGAAGAGUUUGUACCAGAUCCAGCUGCCAAAGCUAGCAUUCUGCAGAACAUAGGCCUGGGCCAUUCAUCCCUUGGGGCCAAUAGCAAACAGAGCCUGGCCCAGCAGGUGCCAUUGAAAGAUGCUUAUAAGCCAUCCAUCACUUGUGGCAGAACCAGGGGUGGAAAUGCCUGUUUGUCAGGGGCCCGUAUGAGUGCUCCCUCGUCAGAAAAGUUUGGCCGUAUAUCCUGUCGUUCCACACAGGGUCUUAAAGGUCUGGAGAAACUGGAGGCUUCUAAAGCGCAGCUAGCCAACACACCUGGCAGCAGAUGUUCUGCUGUUGACUGCUCGCCCUAUGGAUUAGCUAGGAGGGUUCCCAUUGUCCAUCCACAAUCCUUGCGUUGCAGUCCCUGGAUACGCAACUGUAUGCCUGUUUCUUCCUGGGCAAAGGUCAAGAAGUUUAAUUUGGUAGGUGAGAUCACCCCACAGACGGGCACUCUUGGCUCCAAACAGGAUGGCACUGCUGUGCCCUGGGAGAAGAUUGCUGUGCGCCUUUUUGAGGAUGAGAUGGCAGCAUCGGCAAAGAAAGUGGCAGCUUUUCCUGUUAUCACCCCAGAAAAGGGAAAGCUCCAGGUUUCCCAACAGAGCCUUCAGCGUAUUGAGCUCCUUACUCAACUCUUGCUGCAGGAGAUGAAUGGGGGUGUUGAUCAUGACAUUGCCCCCUCGCAGGAGGAACUACACAAACUGUUGUCAGCUCACUGUUCACCUGCUGUGGAGGCUCCCAAGCCUGGUCUCCUCACCACUCCUCUGCAAGAGGAUCCUAAAGCAAACCUCUGCAAGCAGGCACUGGUGUCUCUUGCUAUAGCACCUGAACAUAGCGCAUCACUCGCCACCACCUCUGUCCAGCAACCUGCCUGUCCCAGUCCUUCCAUGAAUUCUGUCCAGCUCCCAUCAUCCAAUGGAAGUAGUACAAUAGGUCAAGUCAAGCAGCGUCUGGAUGACCUCCUUAGUGCACCUCAUCGCUUCCAUGAAGCCUGCCUAAAUGAUGAGUGUGCCUUCUACACUGCCCGUGUUGCCUCUGCCGCCAAGCCCUCAACGCAGCGGUGUAAGGAGCCUGUGGCAAAAAUGCUGGAUGCUCAUGAUGCCAUGCACUUUAUACCUAUCUCUGCACCACUGCCCACGUCCACGGAAGCAGAAAGGUUUUCACCCUCAUGAAGGUCUGGACCAUGACACAUGCAUGUCUGACUGCGGAUACAGAGACAGUGUGCUGAAGUUCCUUAUCACCAAUGUAUGGUGGUUUAUCUUCUAAGCCUUAGAAGAUCUAUCUCCAGCUGCAACCGUUAGAUCCCACUCUCUGACCACCAACAAAUCUUGCUGGGACCCUGAAUCUCAAUGACUGGGAGGACCAGGAGCUGAAAUCUCCUGUCCCCUUUUUUCUUCUUCUUGAGAGUAUCUAGUGCAGCCUUUCCCAACCAGUGUGCCUCCAGAUGUUGUUGGACCACAACUCCCAUCUUUCCUGACCAUUGGAAAUGCUGGCUGAGGCUGAUGGGAGUUGUGGUCCAACAACAUCUGGAGGCACACUGGUUGGGAAAGGCUGAUCUAGUGCAUGAUAGGAAGAAGAGUCUGGUGGCUGUGAAAGGAAAAAGCUGGCUCUACAGGAGAGGAAACCCCAGCUCUCACUGAACUGCGAGGCAUUGCUACAAAAGACAAUACACUAAUGCUGCCUUAACUGUGUGCAAACAUACCUUUUUUUAAAAAAGAAAGAAAAUAUAAAUUAAAUAUGUUUUGUAA